AUGACUAGAGGAAAUCCUGGAUUCAUACCACCCUUUGACCCUGAGAUUGAUAGGACGUUUCGUAGGUUAAUCAGGCAUUCUACGAAUUUGUCUUUAGAGUCUGUUUUUGAACCUGUUCCAUUAGAUAUUGUGCAUCCCACUACUGAGUACUUGUUGCAUACUGCAUAUACUGCAUCUGUUCUUGAUCCUGAUUCUGAUUCUGUCGUUUUUCACAUUGAGAACAAUAUGGCACAACCUCCACCUCGUGAGAGGACUUUUAGGGAGAUGGCUGCACCUGAUUUCGAUAUUGAAAGCUUGUGCAUCCAAUAUCCUGAUGAGGACGUUCCAUAUGUUCUCAAGACUGGACUGAUCCAUUUGUUGCCCAAGUUUCAUGGUCUUGCAGGUGCGAGUCCACAUAAGCAUUUGAAGGAAUUCCUAGUUGUCUGUUCCAGUAUGAAACCUCAUGAUGUUCCUGAAGAGCACAUCUUCUUGAAGGCAUUUCCUCAUUCAUUGGAAAAUAUUGCUAAGGAUUGGUUGUAUAGCUUAGCACCGAGAUCCAUUGCUAGCUGGGAUGAUCUGAAGAGGCUGUUCUUGGAGAAAUUUUUCCCAGCAUCCCGGACCACAGCUAUCAGGAAAGACAUAACUGGGAUUAGACAGCUUAGUGGAGAGAACCUGUACGAAUAUUGGGAGAGAUUCAAGACACUUUGUGCUAGCUGCCCCCACCAUCAGAUACCUGAACAACUCCUUAUUCAGUAUUUCUAUGAGGGUUUGAACAACAUGGAUCGGGGUAUGAUCGAUGCUGCCUGUGGUGGAGCUCUUGGAGACAUCACACCUACUGAGGCCAGACCAUUGAUUGAGAAGAUGGCCUCCAACUCCCAGCAGUUUAGUAACAGGAAUGACGCCAUUGUGGUGAAGGGUGUACAAGAUGUUGCCCAGUCUUUAUCAGCUAUUGAAAGCAAGUUAGAAGGCCAGAUUAACUCUCUUGCGAAGAUGGUGACACAGUUGACUGCAAACCAGAGAUCGGCAUCUCCAUCUGCAUCUGUUGCACGAUUAUGUGCUAUUUGUCCUUCCAGUGACCACUAUACAGAUGCAUGUCCUUCUUUGCAACAUCCUGCUGCCUCUGAUGUGCCUCAAGCUUAUACUACAAACAUCUACAACAAUAGGCAGCCACAACAGCAAAAUCAUGACUUGUCUAGCAACAGGUACAACCCAGGGUGGAGGAAUCACCCUAAUCUUAGAUGGAAUAAUGCGCCACAGCAACAGCAGCAAGCGCCACCUUUCCAGAAUGCUGGAGCACCUAACAGAUAUGUGCCUCCACCUAUGCAGCAACACCAAAGACAACAACAACAACAAGAACCAGCUGCUCAACCACCUGCCCAACCUUCCACUUCGUCUGAACCUUCAUUGGAAGAGUUAAUGAGACAGAUGACCAUGCAAAACAUGCAGUUUCAGAAAGAUAACAUGCAGUUUCAGAAAGAUAACAUGCAAUUUCAGCAAGAGACUAGAGCUUCCAUACAGAGUCUCACUAACCAGAUAGGUCAAAUGGCUACUCAGAUGAACCAAGCGCAGUCUCAGAAUUCUGAUAGGUUACCAUCCCAGACUGUGCAGAAUCCGAGGAAUGUGAGUGCCAUAACCCUCAGAUCAGGGAAGCAGAUUGAUGUACCUUCAGAGCUCGCUUCUACACCUACACCUGAGCCUGCCACUUGUCCUAAAGAGGACAACCAUGCAAAUCCAAGCAGCACAUUUGAGGCAGGUGAAUCUUCUUCUCCGGGUAGAGGUGAAUCUUCUUCCCCAGUCGGUGGUUCUUCUUCAAGAGGAUCUCCUCCCUUAACCACCACUACCGCUGCCGCACCAUCUCCAUUGAUUGACCGUCCUAUCCCUCUUCCAUUCCCUUCACGAGUACUUCCGAGCAAAAAGGUGGAAGAGGUGGAUAGGGAAAUUCUGGAGACCUUCAGGAAGGUAGAGGUGAACAUACCUUUACUUGAUGCCAUAAAGCAGAUACCGAAGUAUGCUAAAUUCUUGAAGGAGUUGUGCACACACAAGAGGAAGAUGAAGGGAAAUGAGAGGAUUAGCAUGGGAAGGAAUGUAUCUGCGCUUAUUGAUGGGGCAAAGCCAGUGAGACAGCCUCAAAGAAGGCAAAACCCAGUGAUCAUAGAUGUCAUCAAGAAGGAGGUGACCAAGCUCUUGCAAGCUGGGAUUAUCUACCCUAUUUCAGACAGUCAGUGGGUGAGCCCCAUCCAUGUUGUGCCCAAGAAAACUGGCAUCACUGUUGUGAAGAAUGAGAGGGAUGAGCUUAUCCCAACUAGAGUGCAGAACAGCUGGAGAGUCUGCAUUGACUAUCGGAGGCUUAACCAAGCAACUAGGAAGGAUCAUUUUCCCCUGCCAUUCAUUGAUCAGAUGCUAGAACGCCUGGCAAGUAAAUCUCAUUAUUGUUUUCUUGACGGUUUUUCUGGCUAUUUUCAGAUCAAUAUUGCUCCUGAGGAUCAAGAGAAAACCACAUUCACCUGUCCCUUUGGCACUUUUGCCUAUAGGAGGAUGCCCUUUGGUCUAUGCAAUGCCCCUGGUACCUUCCAACGGUGCAUGCUUAGUAUUUUUAGCGACUUUCUCGAGAGUUGCAUAGAGGUGUUUAUGGAUGAUUUUACUGUGUAUGGGUCUUCUUUUGAUGCAUGUUUAGAUAGUCUGGAACAAGUUUUGAAAAGAUGCAUAGAAACAAACCUUGUUCUCAAUUUUGAGAAAUGUCACUUCAUGGUUGAACAAGGUUUGGUUCUAGGGCAUAUCAUUUCUGAAAAGGGAAUAGAAGUAGACCCUGCUAAGAUAUCUGUGAUUUCGCAGUUGGCUUACCCCUCUUGCGUGCGAGAGGUGCGAUCUUUCCUUGGACAUGCAGGUUUCUACAGGCGCUUCAUCAAAGAUUUCAGCAAGAAGGCGGUUCCCUUGUCUAGACUGCUGCAGAAGGAUAUUGACUUUGCUUUUGAUGAUAGAUGCAAGCAGGCGUUUGAUUGCUUGAAGGAAGCUUUGACCAUUGCCCCUAUCAUUCAGGCACCGGAUUGGACAGCCCCAUUCGAGCUCAUGUGUGAUGCGUCUAACUAUGCAUUGGGUGCUGUCUUGACGCAGAAAAUUGACAAGCUGCCGAGAGUGAUUUACUAUGCUUCACGCACUUUGGAUGCUGCCCAAGCAAAUUAUACCACCACUGAAAAAGAGUUGUUGGCAAUUGUUUUUGCCCUUGACAAGUUUAGGUCAUAUUUGCUUGGAUCACCUGUUAUUGUGUAUACUGACCAUGCAGCUCUAAAGUUUCUGUUGAAAAAGGCUGAGUCAAAGCCUAGACUGAUCAGGUGGAUGCUACUACUCCAGGAGUUUGACUUGCAGAUUAAAGACCGGAGUGGAGCACAGAAUUUGGUUGCAGACCACCUCAGUCGGAUUGAGAGAGUUGGGGAUGAAGUUGGUGUGUUGCCCAUCCAGGAUGACUUUCCUGAUGAGAGUUUGUUGAUGAUUUCUUCUUCUCAUCCCACUCCUUGGUUUGCACAUAUUGUAAAUUAUUUGGUUGCUUCUGUUUUUCCUCCCUUAGCAUCACGCGCUCAGAUUGCUAAAAUUAAGAGUGAUGCUAAAUAUUAUGUUUGGGAUGACCCAUAUCUAUGGAAGUUGUGCAGUGACCAGGUUACGAGGAGAUGUAUUCCAGACCAUGAAACAAAUGGGCAGGCUGAGAUCUCCAACAGGGAGAUUAAGAAAAUUUUGGAAAAGAUUGUCCAGCCUAACAGGAAAGAUUGGAGCAACAGAUUGGACGAUGCUCUUUGGGCCCACAGGACUGCCUACAAAGCGCCUAUUGGGAUGUCUCCCUAUCGGGUUGUCUUUGGAAAGAUGUGUCAUUUACCAGUCGAGGUCGAGCAUCGGGCAUAUUGGGCUGUGAAGACAUGCAACUUCUCCCUGGACAAAGCUGGAGAGGAAAGGAAGCUACAACUGAACGAAUUGGAUGAGCUCCGAUUGGAAGCCUAUGAGAACUCGAAGUUCUACAAGGAAAGGACAAAAAGGUUUCAUGAUAGCUCCAUAGUUAGAAAGGACUUCGAGGUUGGACAACAGGUUUUGUUGUACAACUCUAGACUCGGUCUCAUAGGUGGUAAGUUGAGAUCAAAGUGGACCGGACCUUUUGUUGUGACUAAUGUUUUUCCUUAUGGUGCAGUAGAAAUCCAAGGUCCAUCUGCAGCUACAAGCUUCAAGGUGAACGGGCAUAGACUGAAGCCUUUCCUCAGCAACCCUAUUCUGUUGGAUGCAGUGGUGGAGGAGACGUCUUUGGACAGCCCCACCUACCCUCCUAACUGA